AUGUACCGGUUAGGGCAAGCGUCCGGUGAGCAGUCGGUGCCGUCGGACUGUUGCUGUUGGCGUGCGUACGAAAGCUUCAUGUGCUACCUGCACUACUACGGGAACGUUGUCUAUGGUCCCCAGUUCCGCCCAGAAGACCACUCCCGGCAAGUGCAGAUCGCAUACGAAUGUAUCAAGGUGCUGCAGAUUCCGGAGGAGGUGCUACGGCGCCUUGCCGCCGGCAGGGUCCCCGAUGAACCGGCGGCCCGUUGCCUGUUGCGGUGUUUCUUCCUUCGCACGGGACUGUACGAUGCCGAGCGAGGCUUCAACCUGCGGCGGCUCUACACGUGGAACUAUGAAAACCCGGACCGGAGGUACCUUUCGCCGGAGGUACACGCGAAACUGCACGCCAUCCGUCUGUCCCGGUGCGACCAGUGCACGGAGGUGUACCGCUCGUACCGGGAAGUUAUCGGGGAGCUUGGUAGCCCCUUCCAGGACGAGUUGGUCCUGCGAGACGCCGCAAAACUGGCUCUGAGCAGUGGGUCACGCUGCGAGGUCGUUCGCAUCGAUGAACCACCGCAGGAGCUUGAUGGCUCGUACGACGACCCACAUGAGGUGUACGAAUGGCAUGACUCGAACGACUGCAUAGAAGAGCCUCCAACUACACCACCACCGACAGCGGCCACGGAGAAGAGCACGACUCUGGAACCUACUACGAGGGCUUCAACCCACGAGACUACUACGGGUCCUUACUUCAAGCUGCAACCCAAACAGUUCAAACGCUGCCGCCAGUGCCGCAAACCGUGCAGCAGUUCACUGAAGGGUUCGUUCUGCUGCAAACGGUGCACCAAGUGCUCGCGGAACCGGUACAACAAGUACAACUUCUAG